AUGAUGAAUUUCAAUGAUGACAUCAGGGGCUCUGCACUGGUGAUAGGUCAGGUACGGUGUCACGACCAAGCCACCUGCCUGGAAUCACCUGUAGAACAUGAGAGGGGCAAUGCCUUUCCAACACAGUCUUUCACCUGCACCUGUCAAGACGGAUUUGUCGGCAACGGCAUCACCUGUUAUGACCUCAAGAUCUGCGAAAGUGGUUCCUGCUGUCAUCAAGGUUACCGCUGGUUCUCUAUACUGGGCUGUGUGGACGUUGACAAGUGUUCCCUUACUGACCAGCCCUGCGCCCCUCCUCAGGUAUGUGAGAACACCCCUGGGUCCUUCAACUGCCUGGUGCCUCCAGAAAAUAACCUCAGCUCAGUCCAGCACACCAGCACAAACGUGGACCCCCACUCUGUCCAGUUUGUGUGUGGGGACACAGAGUGUCUAGUGGGACAGGACUGUAUCAGUAUUGGUGGAACAUCUCGCUGUGCAGACCCCUGCCAGCACUACUCCGUGCUGAAUGAGGCCUGGCGUGCCACCAACUACAGGGGUAGUGAGAACUGCGACAAGGAUAUCAACUUUCAGGGCUGGUAUCGCAUGUUCCUGGGGGACACCAGUGUUCAGAUGCCAGAGAGGUGUGUGCAAAAGAACACAUGUGGUACCAGUAGCCCGAUGUGGCUCACAGAUCCCCAUCCCCAGCUGUCAGACGGAGUGGUUCAGCGGGGUAUCUGUGGGAGCUAUGAUAACUGCUGCCAAUAUAAACAAACCCCAAUCCAUGUCAAAGCCUGCUAUAGAAACUACUACGUCUACAAGUUUGUCAGUCCAACAUAUUGCAGCUUUGCCUACUGUGCAGAUGUCAACACUAUGGUAUGUGCUACCUGUAGAAACGAUCAGACUUGUGUGAGUGAGGAUAAGAUCAACUGGAGAUGUGAGAGGAAGGCUCCAGAGCUGGUGUGUGGGCGCAACCUCCUACAGGUGGGUCUAAGCAGAGCUCAUCUGGAGGGUGCUGGUAUAAACGCUACCUCUGCUCACCUGGCCGACCGGCGCUGCUCCGCCCACGAGGAUCGUAAUGGCAUGGUGUGGUACCAGGUGGAGCGCAGGGAGGGACACUGUGGAAACACAGUGAAGACAAAUGGCACCCAUGCUGUCUACUCCAACAGCUUAUUAGUUUAUCCAGCAGAUGCACAAAACAAUUCUCCCCUUAGCUUUCCUUUCUCCUGUAUCUGUCCUCUGGAAAUAGAGACCAGCCUGGAUGUGCCCAUCAGACCGCAUCUACCAACUGAAAAUGCAGUUGUCGCAGUCGGUGCCAAGGCCAGAGCCUCCAUGUUUCUGUAUCGUAACUCCAACUACACAGAGCCUUACCCAGCUGGUCAGGCAGUCACUCUGCUUGUAGGUUCCACCCUGCAUGUGGGCGUGUCCGUGGACGAGUCAGACCCAGAAUUUUUUGUGGUAGUUCUAGACGACUGCUACACCACGGAAUCCCCCAGCCCUGACAACCUCCUUCGAUACUACAUUAUUCAGGACAGCUGUCCAAGCAAUCGUACCCAUGUGACAGUCGAGGAAAGCGCCUCAUCCCUCCAGGCUCGCUUCUCUGCGCUUCUGCAUGGGGGCUACCGUUACGUCUUCCUACACUGCCGCCUCAGCCUGUGUAACCACAGAAGCGCCUCCUGCUCUCCAGUGUGUUCCAGGAGGAAAUCCCGAUCUGUGGCCAAGUCUGUCUCCCUCAACCCCCUCACCAUUGGGCCAAUCACCUGGGCCCAGAGUCUGGAAUGA